CUCUGCUCCAGCUGUUACUGUGAAUGCAAGGAGCUUGGGCCAAGGGGUUACCUGAACUUUGAUAAACCACCCCGCCAUUCACUUCACUUUAUCCCAUGUUACGGAAUAUCCAUUCCAUCCAUCGGAUACCUGAUUCAACCCAGCCAGCGCAACAUGGCCACAGCCCGUGUCGACAAGGCCGACGACGAUUCGCUCCUCAGCGACCCGCCCAGCGUCGACGAGCAGCCAAACUUCGACGUGAUUGUCAAGCACGGCCACCAGGACCUGGUGCAGGUUGUCGCUUUCAACAACUACGGCGACCGUGCCGCCACCGGCUCCGUCGACGGCAAGAUUCGCGUCUUCAACCGCCACAAGGACGGCGUCUGGCGCCUGUCCGACAACUGGACCGCCCACGGCGGCGAGAUUACCGAGAUCCAAUGGCUCCCGUCCACCAUCGCCCCCAACCUGAUCGCCUCCCUCGGCAUUGAGGGCCGCUUCAAGCUCUGGGCCGAGGACCCCAUUGCCACCUCGGGCCGCCGCUUCAUCACAGCCAAGCGCUUCGUGAGACGCCGCAACGUCAAGCUGGGCCCUGCCCCGGACGGCGGCGACGCCAUUGGCGACAGCGCCGACGGCACCGCCAACCCGGGCGACAACAACAACAACAGCAACAAUGGCAACAACCCCGGCGCAACCUCAAACCCAAACGUAAACCCGAAUGCAAACCCCAAUCCAAAUCUAAAUCCAAACCCAUACGCAAACCCCAACCCAAAUCCCAACCCAAAUAAUUCCAACGCAAACCCCAGCGCAAACCCCAGCGCGAACCCAAACGCAAAGGCCAAGGCCAGGGCCGCCUUCGAGACACGCAACAGUACCAGCCCCUACCGCGCAUUUGCCAUGAAGUACAUAGACGAGGCCGCCUGCACCUACCUGGCUCUAGCCACGGCCGACGGCCAGCUACACGUCUAUGAGAACGACCACCCCGAGAACCUACCCGACUUCUCAAAAGUCGACGAGUUCACCGUCUGCCCCCGUCCCACCCGCGGCGACGAGACGGCCUUUUGCGUGCGCUUCGACCCCAACCCCGACGUGUGCUACACGGCCCUGCGCGCCGGUGUGCUCUCCGACACCCUGAGCCUCGUCGUCGCCGCCAUGGACAGGGUGAGGGUCUACCGCUCUCGCGACACCAUCAGAUCCUCACUCGGCGUCACCACCGCCGCCAAGGAGUUCUACCUCGCCGCCGAGCUGACCGGCCACCGCGGCCUCGUGCGCGACGUUGCCUGGGCCCCCGGCAACAUCCGUGGCUACGACAUCAUCGCCACCGCCUGCCAGGACGGCUUCGUCCGCGUCUUCAGCCUCGAUUGCCCCAUCGCGCACACCACCACCGCCUGGUCCGCGAGCCAGCUGCAGAAGCACAUUCCCGUAAACCGCGAGGAAGUGGAACACAACGAGGAAAUCCACCAAGCCACAUUGGCCCAGACUCAGAUCAAUGCCGCCGCCACCGCCGCCGCCGCUGCCGCUGCCGGCAAUGGCAAUGAUGGCGCCGGCAGCACCUUCGUGCCCGACCUGGAUGUCUCGGGAGUAAACAUACCCUUGCAGCACAAGUCGGCCCUCGACGCGGGCUUCAACCCGCCGCGCGCCAACACUGAGCGCCGCUCCACCGGCAUGCCGGGCCAGGUCAGGCAUGUCGCCAAAGAGAUGGCCCGGCUCGACAUCCACCGCACCCCCGUCUGGCGUGUCGCCUUUGACGAUGACGGCCAGGUUCUUGGCAGCGUCGGCGACGAGGGCCGCCUUAUCUGCUACCGCCAGACCCCCAGCGGCUCGUGGGCCAAGAGCUCAGAGCUGUCCAUGAUGAAGAUGCGGAUGGCCGUGCCAUGAACAAAGGCGCCACAGGAGUUAAAUUGCCUUCUGCUGCUUUUUUGGCCAAUUGCUGGCUGGAUACUCUGCUUGAGUUAGCAAAUGACCCUAACCUAUGCAUGCCACGG